AUGGAUGUGGAGCUUGAGGAGGACGAGGACGAGGACGAGGAGGAGGAGGAAGAGGAGGAGGAGGAGGAGGUGGAGGUGGAGCAGGAGCAGCAGCAGCAGCAGGCAACAACAUCAGAAGUUGACAACGAUGAGGAGUUAAUGGAACAGCAGCAACAACAACAGCUACAACAACAAGAAUCAUUUGAAGACAUGGAACUGGAUCUGGAGGAAUUGGCGUUACCAAACGUGAUGCAACAUUACGUUGAGUAUGCGGAGGAGCAGGAACACGAGCACGAACACGAGCACGAACACGAGCAGGAUCCAGAUCCAGAUCCAGAGCAAGAUGACAAUGUUGAAGAAGAUGAUGAUGACACCAUAGUGGAGGACAGCGAUGCAACCAGUUGCAGCAGCUGCCUACGCGCCGAAAUGGAAGAGGCCGAGUAUCAGCAGCAGCUGCAGGAGCAGGAGCAGCAGGAACAGCAAGAGCAGCAGGAGCAGGAUCAGCCCCAGCAGCAGCAGCAGGAUCAGCCCCAGCAGCAGCAGCAACAACAGCAGCUUGCGUCGUUAUCAGCAGAAUCGCCAGAGCCGCCGUCUCCGCCGUCUCUUCCACCGACAGACAUUACCUGA